UUAAAUUAGCUUGUAGAAUCUACAAUAGCCAGGGCAUGGAGAAGAAAACAAACGCGUGUGAAUAAAGUGUGUUUGAGAGAGUGUGUGUGUGUGCGUAUAUGUAUGGGAGUGGGUAAGAGAGUGAGCCUUGAAUUUGAUCUGAAGUCAGUGGUCGGCAAAUUGCGGUCUCUUUCAUCCCUGUAAUCUUUUGUUCAAUUUGACAUUGAAUACCUAUAAUGUGUUCGUUUUGUGUUAUGCAUUUCAUUGCAUUAUUCAUUAGAAUAUCAAUGGCAUGGUGCAUGCGUAUCGUCUAUGUGUGAACAAUGCUUACUUGGCCUGCUCAUAACUUGUCGAGCACUGGCUGUGCCCAGGGCAUGAAGUAAACGUGAGAUGAAAUCGAAUUUGUGUGAUGAAUAUGUGUGUGUUUGGUAGUGGGCGUGAAGCAAGUAGGGUGAGUUGAUACAUGUGUGUGUGUGUGUCGAGUUUUGGGGCAAAAACGGUGACGUUUUGCGUUCUCAUGAAAGUCAUUCCGUUCGUCGCGCGCCAGUGAAAUGGGAUAAAUGUGUAUCGGCUAUCGAAAGAGGCUUCGUUUGUAAUUUAUUUACGCUGGUGUAAUGUGUUUGUUUGUGCGGUCAGUUGUGUGACACAAUCACACACAUACACACUCGCUCAGGAUUCUGGGUUUCCUUUUCGGUCCUUGGCUGAGAAAUGUGAGUAGUAUAAGAAAGUUUAAUAUAGAUCACAGCCCAUCUGCAGUACCCACACAACGUGUGGGAUAUUGAAAAGUGUAUGUAGUGUGUGCGUGCGUGUGUAUGUGCUGAUGAUAAAGAUGAGUCAUAAGUGUUCGCCGUGAGAAAGGAAAAGUGAAUCGGUUUUUGCAAUGUUAAUAAUAAUAGUAGGUUAAAAAGUGCAUUUCUAACUGGAAAAAGAAGCAGCGCUCCUCAAGGUAGUAUUGGUAGUGUUGGGUGUAAAUUCGUGCUAAAUUGUGAAAAAAAGCGAAAAGAAAAAAAAGAAAAAAGGCAAUGGUGAUAUUACUCAUUGCAAGUUACAAAAAAAUUGUGAAUAAAAUUCAGUGAGCUCAGGCGAGUCGACAAAAUCAUCGUGAAAGUUGCCUGCUACGAUUUAUUUUGUGUGUUAUUUUUCCUGAUGUGAAAUUGUUGUGAAUACGGUUUGAAAAGUUCUGUUAAAAAUAAGCUUGUGAGCGAAAAAUCGACCCUGGUGCAUUGCAUGCCGCUGGUCUCAUCGUUCAGCGCAAUUUUUCAUCAAUCCUCACCCAAAAUCACCGAAAUAAUUUCCCGAGCUGGUUUGCUGCUCGUAUUAAGGUGCGUAUAUUUUGUGGGUCAUCUUUUCGAAAGCGGUAGCAUAUGAUCGACCAUUUUCGGGGGGAGAAGGGAAGCGAAGACGGUACAAUAUAAUUUCUCCAACAUAUCGUAAGUACACACAUUUUGUUGGUGGAAUUAAAACACUUUACGCAGACAAAAUAGAGGUCACGAACACAAUCAUGUCGGGGUGUGGGAGUUUCCGCCCGUUGAAGAGAUUGGUAUCAGUUUUCACUUCAUCGUCAAUUUAAAUAUCGGAAAAGCGAUUUCGAAGAAAAAUCAUUUCACUGCUUUUGGCCACUACUACUGGUUGACCUUCGGUGAAGUGUGUAGGGGAUGGUACCACAACAUUUUAUACUCUAUCGACGCACCUUCUCCGCAUCAAUCCGGUUUAUGACGUCACACAACAUUUACGAUAAGCCCAAAAUUCGAAACCGGCCUCGGAGAGUGAGAGACUGAGAGGUGCAUCCUACUACGCGCCAUUGUAACAAAAAUAUGUUUCUCCUAUGCUUUUGUAUGAUUUCCCAUGCAACCGUUCCUAUCAUUACUCCAUUCAAUGUUCAGACAAAACGUGGCUUUUGAUUAUUGCAAAAAAAUAAAAACUCUAAAACAGCAUCAAAGUAAAAGAAAUCAAUGUUACGCGGUGUUACUUUUUCGGGAGACAAAUCAAACUCCCGAUCGGACGAGAUACGCGCGGGGGUUGGUUCUGUACACUUGUGUUUGGGGUCGUUCUGGAAUGUUAAUUCAUUGCAGCCCUUCCCCGCGUCUGGUUCCAUUUCGUCGACGAAACCCUCGGCGCUAUUGUCGAUCGAGAGUCAACACGCGGACAUUGCGAACGCUCGCGGAAACGCAAAAGAAUGUGUGUCGCGCGCGAUGUUGUGGCGAACAGCAUACCGCGGAGUCAUCGCGAUGACAGGCGUUGUCGCUCGGGUGGUUGUGUCACACAGGUGGGUGGGUACUGGUUCGAGAUAUGGCCAGAGAGCAGCAAAAAUACACAAUAAUAGUACACCCAUACAAGCGUGCUGCUGGAACCAGAUUCAAACCUCCCGUCCAUUAUGAUGGUGUUCCAUUCGUCCGAUCGGGGUCUUGAUGAUUGAAUACGAUACGCAUACCUUAACGGAAAGGGGUACAAAGUUUUCAAUUUCAAUGAUUUAGUUGCUUUUGUAGCAGAAAUGUACUUACCUAAGCAGAGACAAGUGCAACAGUAUGGGGCGACCGGUUUUGAAACUAUGAGAUUUAACUGUUUUGCGAUGCAAAAUGUUUUAAUCCAAAAUAUAUUUUUUACACUUUUAUUUUUAUUCAAAUACAACUGUCUGGGUCACGGUUUUGUGUUUUUUAGAAUUAUUUGUUGUUAUAUAUUUAUAAUUCAGUCGCUAGCUUGCCACGUGGUUUUUUUGAGCAGAAAGGAAAAAGUUGAAGAGGCUUUUGUGAUUUGAGAAGGCUUUUCUUGUGAUUUAUGUAUGUUUUUAUUUUUUCUCAAUUAGUCGAAAAUUACCACUUGUAAAAACAUUGUAACAUUUUAUUUUUCUAUUCAUUGUAUUUUUUCAUUGUACAAACCUUGUACCUAAUAACGAUGUCUUUUACUUGUUUUUUUUUUAAAUUUUACCUAAUGCUGCCGGUUUUAAUUUUCAGUUAAAUAUACUCAUCCCUCCAAAUAUUAACUGAGUUGGGUGUUAAUUUGAUUCUGCUUUGGCGGCUAGUAGAGGUGCAACCAUACACCGUUUGUCAACGUUUGCUCUCGAAUUAACACCGCUGAAACAGAUGCUUUUGUUUUGCUGAAGGUUAAUCUUGAUGCCAACUUCAACCCAAAGCCACAAGGGGAUGAAACGUGAUCAUCAUCAUUGCAGCUCAUGAUGAUCGGAUGACAUUUUCUCCUCGUCUAUCGCGACACAAUUGCACAACGCACAGCAAAGUAUGUGAAUAUAUCGAGUCGCAACCAUUUUAUCGGUUUCGGUUGUAUUGUGACAGAAAUUCAAAGAAUACAUGAAGAUAGUAACUGUAACCGAGCCCCUCUUUACAUCCAUUUUAAAUGUUGUUUGUUGCCUGCCCGUCAGCUGGUUCAGAAUGGGAAAUAAUGAAAUUGUGACUGGGAUAAUUGCAGCUGUGUGCUAUCCCAAGCGAUCGUACGAUAAUCUGUUCCGUUCGGUGGUUUGAUAUACCGGAACAAAACAAAAAAAGAACCUGGUACAAGAAUGAAACAAAUUUGAUUGAAAAGCAAAUCAUCUAACGGAGGCCCGUUUCGAUCGCUUCGAUCGGUGUUGUUGUUUUGUUUCCCCUGGAGAAAAAACGGAAGUGGACGGAAGUAUAAUUUGUACGGAUUGACCCCAUGUUUGCUCUACGCACGCGGACGAAAGAACGCCCGAGAACGCAAAAGGAAGAUCCGUUGGACACAAGCGUCUUGUUCCGAAUCGUCGCUCGUCGUGUUGUUGGGAGGAAGAACAUUGAAUCAGGAAACGAGAAAAAAUAAAAACAGAACAGAAAUAAUCACUCAUUAAUUCGUGCUCACUCUCUGCAUUGCCGAACGAACGAGGGGGUGUGUGUAGCAAAUUAUGGGGAUGAGUGUAUGUUAUAGUACGGUUGAAGGGGUGGCGAGGGACCGGGGUGUGGUAUGAUUAUGUGUUGAUCUAAUUCACGGCCAGCAUGAGUCUGUGAUUUUCUUUCCGUUUGUGAGUUGUUUAUUGGAUUAGUGUGUGGUUAGUUUUUUUGGUUUUUGCCUUACAUUCGGUCGAUCCGCCUAAAUCCAGCUGUACAACAAUGUCGAUGGAAAUCGAUUCCAAGUGGAGGAUGUUUUUUUUUUUUUUGGGGGAAAUUGGAAUCUCACUAACUCAUCCGUUCUUUGUCGGAUGGUUUUUUUUCCACCAGGAUGGCAGCGUUUGCCUCAAUUAGCAUAAUGAUCACAGUUUGAUUAGAUCGAUUUUAUUGUACCAUGUAACAAGUGAGACAAACUAAACAGGGUAAUUAAUUAUGUGACAUACUCGCUUUGAUGCGAAAUAAAUAUAAAUAUAAAUAUAUUUUAAUUUCUAUAACAAACCCCAAUAGUUAGGAAAAGCUCCCAAAACUCACCCCUAAACUGAAAGCUUACUUUCCCUAGAUAGAAAAGCUCUCAAGCUUGAGCAAAUAGUAUUUUUCAAUUUGGGAUGGUCGUACCAAUUGAAGACGUUAAUUGAAUAAUUAUCUCUAGGGAAUUUGUUUCUGUUAUUAACCAUAAUAUGCCUUUGAGCUCAAAUUUUUAAGCACAAGUGAUGCUAAGAGUGCUAAGCCAAGGCGCAACUCAACUGUAUGUUACCCUACCUUAAGGGUUGAAAUGAGAGCUUUCGGUUGAACUUGUGGAAGCUUUUUCUUAGGCUUGUUUAGGCGACGCUCUAGUAGCUGUCAAACAAACAUGGCUGUCUUUUAAACAUAGCAGAAACUUUUGUCUAUAGAUCUUGCAUUGCAGAAACUUUUAUCUAUAGAUCUUACAGUUAACACUUUGUUGACGGGCGAUUUUUAGCCAGAACGUGCUGGUAUCACCGCAUACAUUUGUUGUUUUCGGCGCUGGAGAGUAUAGCGUGUCCCGCCGCACGAUGUUAUUAGUUACUUGAAAUCUGUCACACACAUAGAAACAUUACAUUACAUUAAAAACAUUCAGGUCAAAAUAGUCCGUCCCGAAUCAGAAAAGUUCGGCUAAGCGAGGACGGACAUGUCCGUCCACCCGUCAACAACGUUCGGCUGAGCGAGGACGGACAUGUCCGUCACCCGUCAACAAAGUGUUAAGAUAUACAACAGUGGGCAGUAUCGACAACAAACAUGGUCGACACAAUUGAACCGGUGUUUGUUCGAUGAUGUUCUACUGAUGUUUUAUAUGUUCGAUCUUUUUAAGCUUUUGCAUCGUGUCUCUUACGAUGGUUGCCAGCACCGAGCAACCUGAAAUCAAACAUUCUCUCGCACAGUUCAUGUUAAAGCUCGACGCGCAAAGCUUACACUAACCCAUGCGCAGGUUGUUUCAUUUCUACAUUUCUCUCAACUCUUUUUCUCUGUUUCUCUCGCGAUGGUGAGAAAAAAGAGCGAUGGACCCCUUUAGCAGGGGUGUCGAAACGAAUGUUCGCUUUGGUGAAUUUAACACUGGCUACAGGCUUCAGAAAGAUUCCAUCGUCGUGGAACGCUGGUUGUGUUUGUUGCCGUGUUGUUCGUCAAGUGCAUCAUACACGCAGUUUGCACUUUCGCGCGUUGUGCUUCAUUUCGGUGCAUCAAUUCGUGUGUGGUUUGUCUCCUAGCGCAUGACAUUGAUGCUAGCAGAUCUUUCAGUCUCGGACAUCAUUACGCGUUUAGAAAAAAAAGGAUUGGGAAGGCACCCAAACAGUGUUGGCCAAGUGUAGCAACAGCGGCGUAAAAGUGUAAUUACCAGUGGGCGGAAGGAAGAAAGCAACAACAACAUAAAAAAAACAUGGCCAAAGGCCUACAUUCCAACGAUAUUCCUUCCUCCUCACUAUCAACCCGUGUGGCUCUCGAUCACUAGUGUUUCUUUUUUGUUUUGUUUUGCUUAGUGUAUGUGCGCGCGUUCGCUAGUGUACCCUACCUUACCAUACCAAAAAAAAAGGGUGAAAGAGGAGGGUACUGCUGUGUGUGGCGGUGUGCCUUCGAUGAUGCCCGGUGGGAAAAAAACGAAACGAAUUAAAAAAUAAAAGGAUAAAGUCGUUGUGAAACCCUACCCCUGCCAAGUGUCCGUGGUGGCAUCUUCGGCCAAUUAGCACCAUCCUGCAGGAAGGUGAAGGUAAAGUGUCAAGCUCAAAGGCGUCAAGAAGUUGCAAACCAGGAAAGCGAAUAGUGUCGGCAACAUAAAUUGCCGCUUGAGUAGAUAAAGAGAAAAGAUUAAAAAGAAGCAAACGCAAGCACGUGUCGGGAUGUAAAUGGUGUUUACCACGUGUGUUACAUUGGCAUUGGAAUGGGUGUCGUCGUAAAGCUACAAGGUACACCAGAGUUUCCUGUGUAACUCAUCAAAAGAUAACCCGUAGAGCUGGAAAUGGUAUUCGCGUUUAACGAAGAUAGUUACGUGAAGAAACAUGACAUCUCAGUGUUAAUAUGAUCUGGGUUUCUUCUGAAUGUCAUUAAUGCCUCGUGGUUCUUGACAUCGCGAAUUGUGUACUAGAGCCGCUGUGUUAUUGUGUCGUCGUGUCGUUAAUUUUUAAAACCAUAAGAAAGUGUGUUCGGUGUGCUGUAAAACGCGGCAUAAUUACCGACUGAUGGCAUGCUGAGGUAUUAAUGGUAGAAAACACGUGUAGUUCGGAUAAAGGAAGAAAAAACAUGGUGACGACGAUUAAAAUUACCGGCGACGGUGUGUUUAUCCAAUCAAAUGGAGGUGUUGGUGGUGGUGGCGGUGUUGGAGGUCCGAGACUGCAGCAGCAACAACAGCAACAGCUGCUAACUGGCGAUACCCUUGGCAGUACUGCCAUUGGUGAACCAGAUCUACCACCAUCGGAUGGACCCGUGCACAGCAGCAACGGAUCUCUGGACACUGUGGAUAAUGCCGGUAGCAAUGAUACAAAUAACAAUCACAAAGCCUAUCGCAACUUUAACCAUCGCCGAUACCAGUCGGACGAAGGGCCCGGUUUCAUUGGGGUGCGGAAUGGCAAAUCGGAACGAGCUGGUGGUGGAUCCCCGUCCGGAUCGUCCGAGCUAGCGUCCGGUGAAAGUGACGAUACGAUCGGUGAUCCCGAUCCGACCCGCAAGCGAGACAAGUUUACGAUUUCAUUCCUAAACACACACCGCUCCAGCGGUGGCGGACUGCAAAACGGUGGCCAUGGCAAGAGCAUGCUCAACCACAAGUUCAUCGUGUACAACAGCAAAAAGCCAAAGACCUCCUCGGUGCUUCACCAGCAGUACUACCAGCAGAGCAUUGCUGCUGCCGGUGAUCUUGGCAAUGGUAGUGGAUCACCACCCUUACCAAUGCCGUACCAGAGCCACUACCAGCAGUACCUGUACAAUCGGCUACGGCCAUCCCUGUCCACCUCGGUGUUAAGCUCACCUUCGCUGAUUAGUGGAACGGCAGCUGCACUAGGCACUACUCCUCUACCACUUGGACGUGCUGAUCAGAACGAACUGUUGCACGGCGGCCGUGAUCAAAUGGAGCAACAACAUCAGCUGUAUCAGAACAGUCUAUUUCAUCAGCAGCAUCGUGCAUUACUUGGCACCCCACCGGCAGCCAUACCAGGGUGGGCAAAGUCCACUUCCUGUCUGGUGACGGAUAGUGUCGCAGCAACUUCCUCCUACAGAACGGUCACCGCAUCACCGUUGUUGUUGCUUCCAGCACAACCUGUCGGAAGUCUACCAAAGCCACAAGCUCCUGCAACCUCUCCCCGACCUGUACCUACGUCGUCUUCUGUGUCCUCACUCUCCUCAUCGCCGUCUUCAUUUUCUGCUGGUUCUCCACCAUCGUCUGGUGCGAGUUCGUCCGCCAACACACCUCCACCACCUGUGUCGAGUGAAGCUAUAACGCCUUCUAAUGCUGGUGUAACACCGUCCUCAACAGCAACAACGGUCAACAAUUCCUCGACGCCAACGACAACGUUACCUGUGGUAUCAAAGACACCAACAACUACGCUACCAGAAAGUACAACAGCGCCAUCUACACCAACGCACUCAUCGUCGUCACCAUCUUCAACGUCAAAUAUUGAUGUCGAUGUGAGAGCCGUUCCACGGUUUGAACGAAGCGCCAAACCAUCAUCCGCCGUCGGCAGCGAUCAGCACCAGUACCAUCCGAAACGGUUUCAGCACCAGCAGCGAUCAUUCGAACUACAGCAUUCGGUGUCUACGUGUGAACAGCAGCAGGAAGGUGCCGAAGAUAGUACGCUAGUCUCGCGCCGCAACUCCACCGGAAGCAGCGUGGCGCUGAACGGAAUGAACAGCCACACGGCGGCAAUCAAUCUGCAGCAUCCGGGCACGGGACAGACGGCUGUGGUUGGUCACCAUCGAGGCUUCUCGUCGACGGUUGUUGCCGCCGCAAAUUCUGCCGCCGCUUCCGCCACCGCUAACGAUUGUCCAUGGUUUUUGCCACAUCAGAUGCCGCCACCGCCGACGGCACCGGCCCGCCAGCACAAGCGGCCCGCACCGCAACCGGGCGGUGGCAGCGGUGUCGGAGGCGGUGGUCCCGGCAAUCAUAUGCAACCACCGCAGUUCAUUAGCCCACCUCCAGCACCGCAACAGCAGCAGCAGCAUCACCAACAGCAGCAGCAGCAACAGCAACAUAGUCAGCAGCCAGCAAUCGUGCCGCCACCGCAAUUACCUCCACACACUGUUAAUCCGAGUCUCAGUUCCAUCCACCAUCCGGUGCAGCAGCAGCUGGUUGCGCCACAGUCAGCACAGCAACAAUCACAUCAGCCACCGAUACCGCCCCAUCCGGCGGUACAUCACAUACCAAAAUCACCGAACCAGCAUCAUCCACCACCGCAGCAGCAAUCGAUGCCGAUGCAACCAUCGUCGGUGCAACAGCACAACCCGGUGACGUCGGCGGUUGGUGGUGGUGUGUUGACCAACAAUCACCAUCCAACGGGACCAUCCGCCACCGGUGCGACCGGACCACCGGUGACAACAGUGGCGGGCAGUGUCGCUGCCAACCUGAUGUCCACCUCAAUGAACAGCGCACAGUUACAGGGACACAUUCUGCAGCCGGUCGGUGGUCUUACCGGCUCAACGCUUUCCAUCCAGCAGCAACAGCAACAGCAGUCAGUAAUUCCGCCAGGAGGUACACAGCAGGUGCAUCAUAUGUCCAACUCGUUGCACGGUCCAAUCGGCAUACCGUCGGUGGUGGUACCACCGGUCGGUCACGACGGUAGCAAUGGUGUUGGUGGUCCCGCACCCGGCUGGAACUGCGUUCCGGUCGGGCUAUCGUCACCAACAACCUCGGCGGCGGCAGCUGCCCAACGAAGAGCGGAAGUGAAUGCAAAACUAAACGCCAUGCCCUGGUUCCAUGGGCGAAUAAAGCGUGAAGAGGCAGAAUCGUUGCUGAAACCACGGGAAGAUGGAUUGUUUUUGGUACGCGAAUCGACCAACUUCCCGGGAGAUUACACGCUCUGUGUAUGCUUUAACGAGAAGGUUGAACACUAUCGCAUAAAGUACGUGGACAACAAGCUCACCAUUGACGAUGACGAAUACUUCGACCAUCUCGGACAGCUGGUGGAGCACUAUACGCUCGAUUCGGAUGGUUUGUGUACCAAACUGAUGAAAGCACUACCGAAGGAGGAGUUCUGUGUGAAGGACUUCCAGGAUAAUGGGUGGGAAAUUAAGAUGGAGGAUCUGCAGCUAAAGGAAAACAUCGGCAAGGGUGAAUUCGGCGACGUAAUGCUUGGUAUUCUGAAGGGUGAAAAGGUCGCGGUGAAGGUGCUGAAAGAUGCUGGCCGGGCGUCCAAUAAAUUCCUUGCCGAAGCGGGCGUAAUGACUACAUUGGAACAUGAAAAUCUCGUCAAGUUUAUUGGACUGGUGUUUCACGACAAGUACAUCUACCUAGUGACGGAGUACAUGAGCAAGGGAUCGCUCGUCGAUUAUCUGCGGUCGCGUGGUCGACAACACAUUAGCCGGAAAGAUCAGAUCAAUUUUGCCUAUGACACCUGCUGCGGUAUGGAAUAUUUAGAGACCAAAAAAGUGAUCCAUCGAGAUCUUGCGGCACGCAACGUGCUCAUUUCCGAGGACUGUGUCGCAAAGGUGUCCGACUUUGGUUUGGCACGGGACGAACGCUACACCGGUGACAGUAGUAAGCUUCCUAUCAAGUGGACCGCACCGGAAGCGUUGAAGGAAGGUGUAAGUACCGGAAAUGCUGCCUCUUACGUACUAUUUUUUUUAUUACGUUUUCUAACUUAUUUUUCAUUGCAGAAAUUCUCCAAUAAAACGGACAUGUGGAGCUUUGGUAUUUUACUGUGGGAAAUAUAUUCUUUCGGACGCGUACCGUACCCACGAAUUCCUUUAGCCGAUGUGGUGAAGCAUGUCGGUAGCGGUUACAAGAUGGAAGCACCAGAGGGUUGCCCACCGGAAAUCUACGAAAUGAUGCGACAGGCGUGGGAUCUGGUGCCCGAAAAGCGUCCAACGUUUGCUGAACUGAAACGCCGCCUGUACAACUGUAAGCGUGAAACGGCAAACACGUACGUCACGUAAAGUGUAUCCGCCGCAUAAUGGGUGGCAGCCCGCCAAAAAGGGUUUCAUCCAACAUUGGAACACAAGUAUAACGCGCUAACGAGAGCAGCAGGCGUAAAGGCCAACGGUAUAACCGAGGGAAGGGCAUCAAGUAAAGGCUAAGAAAAGGAUAUUGUAAAAACGAGACGCAAGCAACAUAACAGGAGAUUUCUUCAGGCUUCCACGCGAACGUCGUCAUCCUUUGGUUUCACGUUUGUUUAUCCGGGGGCUCUGCUGGAAGCGAAAUUUCAGUCGUUUUAUCGUUAUUGUUUGCAUUUUUUUCUCGCUCGAGUGAAUAUGCUACUACUCUUCUUAUGUGUUGGUUGUAUGUUCUAGCUAGCGAGUGACAUCCGCUAAUGAAGGGGGAUGAAAGUGUGAGCAAUGAUUUUUUUCCUAUCGUAUCUAACCGAUUCUGGGUUGUGUUGGUGUAAUCCGAGAUGUGUCUUCUAUUGGUAGACGUUUGAUGCAAACCAGUUGCAAGUGGUCGCAUGGAUAUUUAUUAUUUGUGAUGUUAAUGUUUACUACCCUUCAGAACUCCUGACCCGGAACAAGAAAACUGUUCUUUUAAAGAAUGAAACGAUAGUACUAUUGGAAGUAUCAAUACGCAUCGUGUAAGGGAUAGCUGUGGGUCAAGCCAAGCAGUACGAAGCAAAGUGAACGCAGGUUUGCAGAACGGACCGCAACAAUAAUUAUCAAUAUGAUAUUCAUAUUUGUAAUUUAUUUUCAUCCCUAACUGUAUAUUGAUAGCAAGCGCUAAUGCUGCACAAACGGCGCACCGUCACCAAGCCAUUGAUUCCUUUCAUUGAUGUCUGCGCAUUCCUUCUGAACUGAACGCGCAUCCUCACACAAUAACCCUUUCGGAUGAAGUGGCAAUCAAAGUUCCAUAAAGUAGGUGGUCAAACUCCUGGUCACGCAUAAGCAGGGAAAUCAAACGCGCAAAGUACGAUCUUACGGUCAAGAUUGGAACCACUUUUAAUUUUACUGUAAACAAACGUAUCCGCUACGAAGUAAACGAUGUGUAAAGCAAUUAAAAGCAUAGAAAUGGGGUUAAAUGUAGGAAAAGGGACAAGUAUAUCGAUAAACAAAUGUAACGCUUUACACUUUAUGAAUUCCUAACGUAAUACUGAUAGUAUUUAAAUCAGAAACCAAGAAUCAAUAGAGCAAAAUCGAAUUCUCUCUAACCUAGGGUGGGGUAGAAAAAAGAGAAGAAAAACAAAAAACAGUCGGCACAUGUAAAAAGGAUUAAAAAAAAACAGUGGGUAAUUAAAUUAUGGAUCGUUUUGUUUUUUUUUGUAUUAUUAUACUUACUAUUAUAACUACUACUAUUAUUACGACAGCUACUAUUAUUAUUACAGUGUUGCAAAUUGAUUCCAUUGUAUGACUGAGUGUUGGUACAAGCCGAAGGCAGAGAAUUAUGUGCUUGUGUGAGUCAAUGGUUUAUUUUUUUUUAAAUUAAGGAUAAAGUGUAGAGUUUUGUUUGUUUACUUACGUAACGGUUACGUGUAAAGCAAUUUUUAAAAGAAUCUUGAGUACUUUAAUUGGCCGCUUAGCAGUUGCACUGUAAAAUAGGAUGGGGAAAAGCAUUGUUUUUCUUUAUUUUAAUUUGUAGAUUGACGUUUCGUUUAAAAUCGUUUGGUUAACUAAUGUUUUAAAACCGGCCUGCGGCUAGAAUGUAAGAACCAGCUACCAGUAGAACAGAAGUAAAACACAACGUUUAGUUGGGGUACGGGAGGUUACGCGGUACGCACAAAAUGAGUUACGUGCGACGGCACUCUCAAAUGUGGCUCACGAUAUUUUUCAAACGCAUCUCCCGGCAGAAGCCAUCCGUGACCUUCUGGCGCUGUUUGUUAUGUGCUGCAUUUUAUUUAUAAACAAAAGGGGCUAGCAAUUAGUGACACCACAAUCAUACAUCCACAUCCUCCUCAUUUUUUUUACACUUCUAUACAAUUGACGCUUCCGAUGUGCGUUUUGGGUCGAUUUUUUAAUGAAAUGUAUUGUACAUAGUUCCCUUAAGAUGUUUGCAGCAAGUUAUGCAUGGUGUUAAUUGUGACGAAAUGGAUUGUAAAUGCAAAUAAGCCACAGUAGAAACGCGAGAAACGAUGCAGUCAAGUGAUGCGAAAGCGAAAAAAAAAUGCUGAAAAGCUAACGAUUGUGUGUCGAACUGUGCUGCGAUUAGGUUGAAGAAUGUCCGCAAAGAUUAGAAAAGAAAAACCCAGAAUCAGUUUAUCAUCCUAUCAGCCUUGUUACCAUUCCAUAGAAGAAAAAGAAAAACGACGAUUCGAAACAUCGUAGCGCAAAACACAACAUGAUGAAGCUUUAAGCGAAUGAAUGAUCACUUUCAGAAAGCCUGCCGGUCCGCAUUUUGACUAGUCUGUCCCUGUGUUAGUAGUGGCAACUUCCUGUUCAAAUCAUACCACAAACAUGCAAAAACAUUCAAGCUCCAAAAUUUAAAACGAAGCUCAGUAUGAUCAAUAUAGUCAACCUAGUUGGGAGGAAAAUUACCUGCACAUGAAGUAAAAGGAAAAGAGAGAAAAAACGCCAAAAUAUCAUUACACAUACUAUAGUGCGAGUGAAAGGAAACUACCAUAAUUGCUAUAAAGGGCUUGAUUUCAGGAUAGCAUUUUAUCCAUUGACUAGAAUAACGAAUAUAAUAGCCGAACUAGCAGCUGGUGAACAUACGUAGUCUAUCAAGGAACAGUCAUUUAAACAAAAGCAGUUUAGCUGGGCAAGUAACCGCAAGCCAAUAUCAAAUGGGAAUCAUCAAAUUAGAAAACCAGUAUAUUGUGCAACAGUAAAGGGGUUGAAUCCUUUCAAACAACAUAUAGAAUCGAAUACAAACUCAUACAACCGAUAGUUCAAAUUUCCUCAUUAAACAUGCAUUAUGUAUAGCAUCUCGUAAUUGAAAAAAAAACAAGCAUAGAUUCAGAUUUCGCUAAAAAUAUGCAUUCAGCAAACGAAAACAGUACAUGAACAAGACAAGAAAUGAAAGAACGCGCUAUUAUAAUUUUAAGUCAAACCAAGGAACACAAUUUCUGAAAUGCGUUUAAAAUUUAGCUACGCACAAACAAAACGAAACAAACGAGCCGAGGCCAAGGCAUACAUGAAGCUCCUCUCUAUCAUUGCGUUAAAAUGCUCCACUUUCAUACGUAUUAGAACGAACGGGAAGCUUUGAAACCAUAAUUACCUUUGCUACGUGAAGUAGGAAUGAGCCGAAACAGUAUGGAAGGCGGCUGAAAUAUGCCCAUCGACCAGUGGAUAAAUGGGAUACGAUUGUGAGAUUUAAAAGGACACAGCAAAGUAUGUUCCGCGAAGCAGGUGUGUAUGUGUGUUUGUAUGUUUGGUGUGCGUGUGUUUAUGAUAGGAAGUAUGUAUCGGCCGGUGCGGGAGGGGAACUAGGAAAGCGACACAAUCAAUAGUUGUUGGUGUAAUGCUGCACGAACAAAUGCUGUUACAAACAACCGUAUCAAUCGAAGGUAAUAGUGAAGAAAGCGUAAAGAAGAACGUAUGGAAAACAAAUGAAACUAUAGUACUAGCAAUGGACGGACAAGAAAGUGAAAUACAAUUAAAAGUUCUAUUCAAAGGUGGUUGCGAAACGGAGCAAGAAUAUGUGAAAAAAGGCAAAAACAUAAAACCAACCAGUACAUUGGAAAUUAUUCAAGUAAAUAUAAUAAAACAGCAAAAAUCCUUACUA